AUGUUGGAUGUAGAUGAUGAGCCACCGGCAGACUCAGUAGGAACUAUUAGAGAAUGGGCUGAUGAGCGCUCUAAUGGGAUGUUGGAUAUAGAUGAUGAGCCACCGGCAGACUCAUUGGAUAAAGAUAAUGAGCCACCACAAGCCUCAGUAGAAACUAUUAGAGAAUGGGCUGAUGAGCGCUCUAAUGAGAGGUUGGAUAUAGAUGAUGAACCACCAGCAGACUCAGUAGAAACUAUUAGACAUUGGGCUGAUGAGCGCACUAAUGAGAAGUUGGAUAUAGAUAAUGAGCCACCGGCAGACUCAUUGGAUAUAGAUGAUGAUCCACCAGCAGACUCAGUAGAAUCUAUUAGAGAAUGGGCCGAUGAGCGCUCUAAUGAGAAGUUGGAUAUAGAUGAUCAGCCACCAGCAGACUCAGUCGAAACCCUUAGAGAAUGGGCUGAUGAGCGCUCUAAUCGGAAGUUGGAUAUAGGUGAUGAGCCACCGGCAGACUCAGUAGAAACUAUUAGAGAAUGGGCUGAUGAGCGCUCUAAUGGGAAGUUGGAUAUAGAUGAUGAGCCACCGGCAGACUCAGUAGAAACUAUUAGAGAAUGGGCUGAUGAGCGCUCUAAUGGGAAGUUGGAUAUAGAUAAUGAACCACCAGCAGACUCAAAUUGGCUGAUGAUCGCUCUAAUUCUGAAGUUGGAUAUAGAUGAUGAGCCACCACCAGACUCAGUAGAAACUAUUAGAGAAUGGGCUGAUGAGCGCUGUAAUGGCAAGUUGGAUAUGGAUGAUGAGCCACCGGCAGACUCAGUAGAAACUAUUAGAGAACGGGCUGAUGAGCGCUCUAAAUGGAUGUUGGAUAUAGAUGAUGAGCCACCAGCAGACUCAGUAGAAACUAUUAGAGAAUGGGCUGAUGAGCGCUCUAAUAGGAGGUUGGAUAUGGAUGAUGAGCCACCAUCAGACUCCGUAGAAACUAUUAGAGAAUGGGCUGAUGAGCGCUCUAAUGGGAAGUUGGAUAUAGAUGAUGAGCCACUGGCAAACUCAGUAGAAACUAUUAGAGAAUGGGCUGAUGAGCGCUCUAAUGGGAAGUUGGAUAUAGAUGAUGAGUCACCAGCAGACUCAGUAGAAACCAUUAGAGAAUGGGCUGAUGAGCACUCUAAUGGGAAGUUGGAUAUAGAUGAUGAGCCACCGGCAGACUCAGUAGAAGCUAUUAGAGAAUGGGCUGAUGAGCGCUCUAAUGGGAAGUUUGAUAUAGAUGAUGAGCCACCCGCAGACUCAGUAGAAACUAUUAGAGAAUGGGCUGAUGAGCACUCUAAUGGGAUGUUGGAUGUAGAUGAUGAGCCACCGGCAGACUCAGUAGGAACUAUUAGAGAAUGGGCUGAUGAGCGCUCUAAUGGGAUGUUGGAUAUAGAUGAUGAGCCACCGGCAGACUCAGUAGGAUUUAUUAGAGAAUGGGCUGAUGAGCGCUCUAAUGGGAAGUUGGAUAUAGAUGAUGAACCACCAGCAGAGUCAGUAGAAACUAUUAGAGAAUGGGCUGAUGAGCGCUCUAAUGGGAAGUUGGAUAUAGAUGAUGAGCCACCGGCAGACUCAGUAGAAACUAUUAGAGAAUGGGCUGAUGAACGCUCUAAUGGGAAGUUGGAUAUAGAUGAUGAGCCACCAGCAGACUCAGUAGAAACUAUUAGAGAAUGGGCUGAUGAGCGCUCUAAUGGGAAGUUGGAUAUAGAUGAUAAGCCACCGGCAGACUCACUCAGUAGAAACUUUAGAGAAUGGGCUGAUGAGCACUCUAAUGGGAAGUUGGAUAUAGAUGAUAAGCCACCAGCGGACUCAGUAGAAACUAUUAGAGAAUGGGCUGAUGAGCGCUCUAAUGGGAAGUUGGAUAUAGAUGAUGAGCCACCGGCAGAGUCAGUAGAAACUAUUCGAGAAUGGGCUGAUGAGCGCUCUAAUGGGAAGUUGGAUAUAGAUGAUGAGCCACCGGCAGACUCAGUAGAAACUAUUAGGGAAUGGGCGGAUGAGCGCUCUAAUGGGAAGUUGGAUAUAGAUGAUGAGCCACCAGCAGACUCAGUAAAAACUAUUAGAGAAUGGGCUGAUGAGCGCUCUAAUGGGAAGUUGGAUAUAGAUGGUAAGCCACCGGCAGACUCAGUAGAAACUAUUAGAGAAUGGGCUGAUGAGCGCUCUAAUGGGAAGUUGGAUAUAGAUGAUGAGCCACCGGCAGACUCAGUAGAAACUAUUAGAGAAUGGGCUGAUGAGCGCUAUGAUGAGCCACCAGCAGACUCAGUAGAAACUAUUAGAGAAUGGGCUGAUGAGCGCUCUAAUGGGAAGUUGGAUAUAGAUGAUGAGCCACCAGCAGACUCAUUGGAUAUAGAUGAUGAGCCACCAGCAGACUCAGUAGAAACUAUUAGAGAAUGGGCUGAUGAGCACUCUAUUGGGAAGUUGGAUAUAGAUGAUGAGCCACCGGCAGACUCAUUGGAUAUAGAUGAUGAGUCACCAGCAGACUCAGUAGAAACCAUUAGAGAAUGGGGUGAUGAGCACUCUAAUGGGAAGUUGGAUAUAGAUGAUGAGCCACCGGCAGACUCAGUAGAAGCUAUUAGAGAAUGGUCAGAUGAGCGCUCUAAUGGGAAGUUAGAUAUAGAUGAUGAGCCACCGGCAGACUCAGUAGAAACUAUUAGAGAUUGGCCUGAUGAGCGCUCUAAUGGGAAGUUGGAUAUAGAUGAUGAGCCACGAGCAGACUCAGUUGAAACUAUUGGAGAAUGGGCUGAUGAGCGCUCUAAUGGGAAGUUGGAUAUAGAUGAUGAGCCACCGUUGGAUAUAGGUGAUGAGUCACCAGCAGACUCAGUAGAAACCAUUAGAGAAUGGGCUGAUGAGCACUCUAAUGGGAAGUUGGAUAUAGAUGAUGAGCCACUGGCAGACUCAGUAGAAGCUAUUAGAGAAUGGGCUGAUGAGCGCUCUAAUGGGAAGUUAGAUAUAGAUGAUGAGCCACCGGCAGACUCAGUAGAAACUAUUAGAGAUUGGCCUGAUGAGCGCUCUAAUGGGAUGUUGGAUGUAGAUGAUGAGCCACCGGCAGACUCAGUAGGAACUAUUAGAGAAUGGGCUGAUGAGCGCUCUAAUGGGAUGUUGGAUAUAGAUGAUGAGCCACCGGCAGACUCAUUGGAUAAAGAUAAUGAGCCACCACAAGCCUCAGUAGAAACUAUUAGAGAAUGGGCUGAUGAGCGCUCUAAUGAGAGGUUGGAUAUAGAUGAUGAACCACCAGCAGACUCAGUAGAAACUAUUAGACAUUGGGCUGAUGAGCGCACUAAUGAGAAGUUGGAUAUAGAUAAUGAGCCACCGGCAGACUCAGUAGAAACAAUUAGAGAAUGGGCUGAAGAGCAAUCUAAUGAGAAGUUGGAUAUAGAUGAUGAUCCACCAGCAGACUCAGUAGAAACUAUUAGAGAAUGGGCCGAUGAGUGCUCUAAUGAGAAGUUGGAUACAGAUGAUCAGCCACCAGCAGACUCAGUAGAAACUAUUAGAGAAUGGGGUGAUGAGCGCUCUAAUCGGAAGUUGGAUAUAGAUGAUGAGCCACCAGCAGACUCAGUAGAAACUAUUAAAGAAAGGGCUGAUGAGUGCUCUAAUGAGAAGUUGGAUAUAGAUGAUGAGCCACCACCAGACUCAGUAGAAACUAUUAGAGAAUGGGCUGAUGAGCGCUCUAAUGGGAAGUUGGAUAUAGAUGAUGAGCCACCAGCAGACUCAGUUGAAAGUAUUGGAGAAUGGACUGAUGAGCGCUCUAAUGGGAAGUUGGAUAUAGAUGAUGAGCCACCGGCAGACUGA